AGAGCAUCAACAUCUUACAUAAUCAUACCAAAAGUGAGACUCGUAAUUUCAAACGAGAAGAAGUUCUGUCCAUUGAAAUCAUGGCCGAGAUCUGUGUGUUCUUAUGCUUCUUCUUCUUAUUAGUCUUGAUUGCCAUGCAAAUCUCUUCUCCGAGUCCGAGCAGAUGUUACACUUCUCAGCCUACACCGGUAGCAUUGCCUACAACUCUAAAUACAAAUUCAAGAUGGAUCGUCGAUGAAAACGGACGGAGAGUAAAAUUAGCAUGCACGAGUUGGGUAUCUCAUCUUGAACCUAUGGUAGCUGAAGGGCUGAGUAAGCAACCUUUGGAUUCGAUUUCAAAGAAGAUUAGAAACAUGGGAUUUAACUGUGUUCGGCUAACUUGGCCUUUGUUCUUAGUUACUAAUGAUUCUUUGGCAUCCGUCACUGUUCGAAAAUCUUUUCAAAGCUUGGGACUUCUUGAGUCCAUAUCUGGAAUACAGGCUAAUAACCCAUCUCUCCUUGACCUUCCUCUUAUUGAAGCAUUUCAGGCUGUUGUAUCCAAUUUGGGGGAGAACGGCGUGAUGGUAAUACUAGACAACCAUAUCAGUAAGCCGGGGUGGUGUUGUAGUAACUCCGACGGCAAUGGAUUUUUCGGAGAUAAAUACUUUGAUCCGCAAAUGUGGAUCAAGGGACUUACUAAGAUGGCCUCCAUUUUCAAUGGCUCAACCAGUGUUGUUGGCAUGAGCCUUAGAAACGAGCUUAGAGGGCGCAAGCAAAAUGUCAAGGACUGGUACAAGUAUAUGCAACAAGGCGCUGAAGCAGUUCAUGCAGCAAACCCAAAUAUUCUGGUAAUACUAUCCGGGUUGAAUUUCGAUGCUGAACUAAGUUUCCUUGCUAAACAACCAGUGAACCUAACUUUCAAAGGAAAACUAGUUUAUGAGGUACAUUGGUAUGCCUUUACAAACUCUCAUAUGUGGAAAAAUAAUAAUCCUAAUUACGCGUGUGGAAGUGUAGCGAAUAGCUUGAUGAGAAGAACAGGAUUUUUGCUUGAACAGGGUGUAGCACCGUUGUUUUUAAGCGAAUAUGGAAUAGAUCAAAGAGGUACUAAUGUGAAUGACAAUAGGUAUUUCAAUUGCAUGAUGGGUGUUGCUGCUGAACUUGAUUUGGAUUGGGCUCAAUGGCCAUUAGUUGGAAGUUAUUACUUAAGACAAGGUGUGGUAGGAAGGGAGGAAUUCUAUGGAGUUUUAGAUUACAACUGGUGUGGGGCUAGGAAUUCUAGUUUCAUUGAAAGAAUUUCUUCAAUUCAAGCUCCUUUUCAAGGUCCUGGUAUUUCUGAGAGAACUCAAUACAAAAUAAUUUUUCAUCCAUCGACAGGACUUUGCGUCCUCAGAAAAUCGUUGUUUGCACCAUUGGAAUUGGGAUCUUGUUCGGCUACUGAAGGAUGGGAUUACACCCCACAGAAACAUAUAUCACUAAAGGGUUUCUGUCUGCAAGCUGAUGGAGUAGGGAAGCCGGCUAAGCUUGGAAUUAUAUGUACAGAUACUAAUUCGCAAUGGGAAACGAUAUCCGAAUCCAAAAUGCAUCUUCAAUCUAAGCUCACCGAUAAGAACAACACCGCUGUUUGUUUGGAUGUUGAUUCUAACAAUAUCAUUGUUACUAAUUCUUGCAAAUGUUUGAGUAGAGAUAAAACGUGUGAUCCUUCAAGCCAGUGGUUCAAACUUGUUAAUAGUACGAGAAGUACAUCAAGUUCAUCCAUAGAUUUGCUAUCUUUGCCCAAGAACGAGCAAAACCAAGAGAUUGGAUUGGACGAUUUAAAAGGGAAUGAUGAUCAAGAAAGAAGUACUCAGUAAUAAAACACUAAUAGUUAAAAUAAAUUAGAACUGAUUCCUUGAAUCUUGUACGCAAUUUACAUAAAUUUGUAAAACGUAUAAAUUGGUCAAUCUUAGUAUAUUACUUAUUUGGUGUCCAUAAUAAUAAAAGACAUCAAACCUGAGUUAUGUCUUCUAAGAGUUGUCCAU